GGGGAGGGGCUGUUCCCACUUGAGAGGAGACAGUCUGUGAGGAAGGAGCAUCAGGUUGGAAGCCACCAAGCGGAGAGUCAGCGCAUCGCUCCUCUCAUCCUCACUGGCCUGGGGUGCAAGGUGGGAACAGGAAAGCAACUUGGAACCCAGAUCCAUUCAUGUUGUUGUGACCGGAGAAAGGCAGAAAAAUGAAAAUUCGGCUGUGCUCAGCAGUGACAGCAUUUUGUGCUGUGCUGCUUCUGUCUUCCAUAGAGGCUGAAGUUGGUCCACCUACAGACUUAAAUUUUGAAAUAGUAAAUGAAAAUACAGUUCGAAUGUCAUGGCAAAGGCCGGCAGAAAGAAUAAAGGGUUACAAGAUUACUAUCGUCCCUACAAUUGAUGGACCAGAAAAGGAACUAGAUCUUCCAGCUUCUGCUACGCAAACCAUACUAACUGAACUUGUACCAGAUGUGGAAUAUGUUGUGACAGCUAUUUCAUAUGAUGAAUUAGAGGAGAGUGUACCUGUGUUUGGCCAACUUACAAUUCAAACAGGAGGUCGAGUGACACUUGAAGAGCCUAAACUUGAGACAAGUAAAUCACCACGCUGCUCUAUUAGUUCUGUUGCUGAUGUAGUUUUCCUUGUGGAUGGAUCAUGGAGUGUUGGAAGAAACAACUUCAAAUAUAUUCUCGAUUUCAUGGUUUCUCUGGUCUCAGCCUUUGAUAUUGGGGAAGACAAAACCCGAGUCGGUGUUGUGCAGUAUAGCUCUGACACUAGGACUGAGUUUAACCUGAACAGUUAUUACAAGAAAGAGGAAUUAGUAUCAGCCAUAAAAAGAAUACCAUACAAGGGAGGCAAUACAAUGACAGGUGAUGCCCUUGAUUACCUGAUUAAGAACUCCUUUGUCAAAACUGCCGGCUCAAGAAAAGGAUUUCCAAGAAUAGCUAUCAUUAUAACUGAUGGUAAAUCCCAAGAUGAAGUGGAGAUUCCAGCAAGAGAGCUGCGUAGCUUAGGGGUUGAAGUUUUUUCCCUUGGUAUAAAAGCAGCAGAUGCAAAAGAACUCAAACAAAUAGCUUCUCUGCCUUCCUUGAAACAUGUUUUUAAUGUUGCUAAUUUUGAUUCGAUUGUGGAAGUGCAAGAUGAAAUAAUUACUCAAGUUUGCUCAGGAGUUGAAGAGCAGCUAAGUGAGCUUGUUAGUGGAGAAGAAGCUGUUGAGCCUCCUUCAGAUAUGACUGUUACGGAAAUUUCUUCCAAAUCAAUGAAGAUCACCUGGAGACCAUCGCCAAGCCAAAUUACAGGCUACAGGAUUCAGCUUCUUCCAAUGUUAGCGGGAAGUAAACAACAUUCACUGAACCUUGGCCCUCAAACUACAAGUAUAAAUGUAAAAGAUCUCUCCCCUGAUACAGAAUACCAAAUAAAUUUAUAUGCCAUGAAAGGACUCACAGCAAGUGAGCCAAUCUCAACACUGGAAAAAACCCAGGCUGUGAAAAUUAAAGUCGAAUGUUCCGGUGGUGUCGAUAUAAAAGCAGAUGUCGUUCUGCUUGUUGAUGGCUCCUACAGUAUUGGUGUAGCUAAUUUUGCCAAAGUUAGAGCCUUCCUUGAAGUAUUAGUAAAAAGCUUUGAUAUUUCGCCCAGCAAAGUACAGAUCAGUCUUGUGCAAUACAGUAGAGAUCCAUUUACAGAGUUUACCUUAAACAGGUAUGACUCAAUUGAAGACAUUCUCAAAGCUGUAAAUACCUUUCCAUAUAGAGGUGGCUCUACCAACACUGGCAAAGCAAUGACCUACGUGAGAGAAAAGGUCUUUGUUGAAAUUAAAGGAGCAAGACCAAACGUCCCUAGAGUCAUGAUUCUUAUCACCGAUGGAAAGUCAUCAGAUGCCUUUAAAGAUCCAGCUAUAAAACUGCGGAAUUCAGAUGUUGAGAUUUUUGCAGUUGGUGUGAAGGAUGCAGUGAGAUCUGAGCUGGAGGCCAUUGCUUCUCCUCCUUCAGACACCCAUGUGUACACAGUGGAAGAUUUUGAUGCUUUUCAAAGGAUUUCUUUUGAGCUAACACAGUCUAUCUGCCUUAGAAUUGAGCAAGAGCUACAAACAAUAAAACGUAAAUCUUUGACCCCUGCAAGAGAUUUGGCUUUCUCUGAGGUUACAUCCAACAGUUUUCGUGUGAACUGGUCUCCUGCGGCUGAGGAUGUUUUGUCAUACCUUGUUAAAUAUAAGGUGGCUGUUGGAGAAGGUGAAGAAUUCAUCGUUUCCGUGCCAGCACCAAAAACAACCACAGUUCUUUCAAAUUUACUUCCAGAAACUACUUAUGCUGUGGCUGUCCUGGCAGAAUACGAGGAAGGAGAGAGUCCUCCAUUAAAUGGGGAAGAAACAACUUUAGAAGUUACUGGCCCACCAAGAAACCUGAGAGUAAGUGACGAAACAACUGAUAGCUUUAAAGUUGGCUGGUCACCAGCUCCUGGCAAUGUACUGAGGUACAGAAUUGCCUACCGGCCUGUGGCAGGAGGGGCAAGAAGAGAGGUUACAGUCCCAGGAAGGGAGACCGUGACAACACUCCAGAACCUCACACCUGAUACAAAGUACCAAGUAUCUGUGAUUCCUGAAUAUCAUUCGGGUCCUGGAAAACCUUUGACAGGAAAUGGAGCCACAGAAGAAGUGUUGGGAGAACCAAGGAAUCUGAGGGUUUCUGAUGCCACAACCUCCAGUUUAAAACUGUCCUGGGAUUCGGCACCAGGCAAAGUGUUACAGUAUCUUGUAACUUACAACCCUUCUGCAGAAGGGGAAACUAAAGAGGUUACAGUAAGAGGAAAUACAACCAGUACAGUACUGAAGGGAUUAGACCCAAGCACCACAUACUCCCUUUCUGUAGCUGCACUCUAUAGAUCUGGCGCUGGCUCAUUACUUACUGGGGAAGGAACAACUCUUGAUGAACGUGGUUCUCCUCGUAACCUGGUAACCAAAGACAUUACAGACACUACAAUUGGAGCAUCAUGGACAGCAGCCCCAGGGAUGGUUCGUGGUUACAGAAUUGCAUGGAAGUCUCUUUUUGAUGAUGACUCUGGAGAAAAGAAUGUUCCUGGUGGUAUUACUAACACUGUGCUGGAAAACCUGAGGCCAGAAACAAAGUAUAAAAUUUCAGUGUUUGCUAAUUAUAGAAGUGGAGAAGGAGACCCUCUUGAAGGAGAAGCCACCACUGAAGCGUCACCAAGUGCCAAGCUGCUUAAAGUCAGUGAUGAGACAGAAACUACAAUGAAGGUAACCUGGCAGCCUGCCCCAGGAAAUGUUGCAAAUUAUCGGGUUAUAUAUCGGCCGAAGCUUGGAGGAAGGCAAGUGGUCGCUAAAGUGCCAGCUACAGUCUCCUCAACAGUACUGAAAAGGCUUCAACCUCAAACAACCUAUGAUAUUACAGUUGUUCCUGUUUAUAAGGCAGGGGAUGGAAAACCAAGACAAGGAGAAGGGACAACAGCUUCUCCUUUCAAGCCCCCAAGGAAUCUGAAAACAUCUGACCCCACAAUCUCAACUUUCCGAGUCACCUGGGAACCUGCUCCUGGUGAAGUUAGGGGUUAUAAAAUCACAUAUUUUCCUUUUGGAGAGGAGCAAUAUUUGGGAGAGUUAGUAGUUGGACCAUAUGAUAACACUGUGGUACUAGAAGAACUCAGGGCAGGAACAUCUUAUAAAGUCAAUGUAUUUGGAGUUUUUGAAAAAGGAGAGAGUGUACCUUUAAUUGGACAAGAAAUGACAACAUUGUCAGAUGCUCCUGAAGUUCGCAUUGAUUCGUCAGGCCUGGAAUGCAAAACUAAAGCUGCAGCUGAUAUAGUGUUGCUGGUGGAUGGCUCUUGGAGUAUCGGCCGCCCAAAUUUUAGGACCGUCAGGAGUUUUAUAGCACGACUGGUUGAAGUCUUUGAUAUUGGCUCAGACAGAGUGCAGAUUGCCUUGGCCCAAUACAGUGGGGACCCUCGAUCUGAAUGGCAACUCAAUGCUCAUAGCACAAAGAAGUCUUUAAUGGAUGCCGUUGCAAACCUUCCUUACAAGGGGGGUAACACUCUUACAGGCAUGGCUCUGAAUUUCAUCUUGCAAAAUAACUUCAAGGCAGAGGCAGGCAUGAGAGCAAAGUCAAAGAAAAUUGGUGUCUUAAUCACUGAUGGAAAGUCACAAGAUGACAUUGUUGCACCUUCCAAAAAGUUACGAGACCAGGGAAUAGACUUAUUUGCAAUUGGUAUCAAAAAUGCUGAUGAAAAUGAACUGAGGCAGAUUGGCUCAGAUCCAGAUGAGACUUACGUAUUUAACGUUGCCGAUUUUUCUUUGCUUGUCAAUAUUGUUGAUGACCUCACUACCAAUCUAUGUAACAGUGUGAAAGGCUCAGGAAAUGAACUGGAGCCACCUUCAGACCUAGUAACAUCAGAGCCUACACCACGGAGCUUCAGAGUCACAUGGAAUCCACCUUCUCACAGUGUAGACCGAUUUAGGGUGGAAUAUUAUCCAGUGUCUGGUGGUCGACCUCUGGAGGUAUUUGUUGGCAGAUCAGAUAGAACUACGGUUUUGACUAAUUUAAAGCCAGAAACAGAGUAUGUUGUGAAAGUGUAUUCUGUGUUAGAAGGAGAAAGCAGUGAACCAUUAGAAGGCACAGAAACGACAUUGCCCAUCCCUUCAGUCAGAAAUCUUAACAUAUAUGAUAUAGGAACCAGAACAAUGAGAGUUCGAUGGGAAGCUGCGCUUGGAGCUACUGGUUAUUUAUUGCAGUAUGAGCCAGUAAACGCUACUGUGCCUUCAACUGAAAAAGAGUUGAGAGUUGGUGCAUCGGUGACAGAUGUACUUCUGGAAGAUUUAUUCCCCAACACUGAGUACACCUUGACUGUAUAUGCACUUUUUGAUGAGCUGAUCAGUGAUCCUCUUACCUCACAGGAAGUCACUUUACCCAUUCAAGGCGUGGGGAACAUUAGAGUGAGAGAUAUCACUCACAGCUCAAUGAAUGUCCUUUGGAGUGCUGCUCCUGGAAAUGUUCUCAAAUAUAUAGUAAGAUAUAAAACAGAGGAAGAAGAAGAAUUCAAAGAGGUGGAAGUGGAUGGAUCAAGGACAAGUACACGACUUACUGACCUUUUCUCACAAACUCUAUAUGAAAUCAGUUUAACUGCAGUAUAUGAUGAAGGAGUAUCUCAGCCACGUACUACACAAGGAACUACAGCACCAGUACCAGCUCCAGCAAACCUCCGGUUUUCUGAAAUAGCAGUAACAAGUUUCCGAGGUACUUGGGAGCAUGGGGCUCCAGAUGUAGCUUUGUACAGGAUAACGUGGGCACCAGUUGGAGCCAUAGAAAAAAAGAAAGAGACAAUUGUUGAUGGUGAUAUAAACACUUUGGUUUUUGAUGAACUGGAACCAGACACAGAGUAUGAGGUUUCAGUAACUGCGAUUUACCCUGACGAAUCAGAGAGUGAAGAUCUGAUCGGUGUUGAAAGGACAUUGCCUGAAAUAAUUUCUACAACACCUGCCCUAAGGACUGGCCCUAGGAAUCUACAGGUGUUCAAUGCAACACAGAAUAGUUUGACUGUACGAUGGGAUCGUGCUAUGGGCGAUGUGCAAAAAUACAAUAUCUAUUAUAAGCCUGUUUCUGCUGCUGGUGCUGAACAAAUGACAAGUGUUGGUGGAAAGCAGAACAGUGUUGUUCUUCAGCGACUGCAGCCAGACACUCCAUACAACAUUGUUGUUUCAUCAAGGUACAUUGGAGAUGAGGAAGGAGGAAAUAUCUCAGGGAGAGGAAAAACAAAGCCCUUAAAUACAGUGAAGAAUCUAAGAGUGUAUGACCCAACAACAAGCACUUUAAAUGUACGUUGGGAAGCUGCAGAAGGAAAUGUGCGGCGGUAUAAAAUUUACUAUGUACCAACUGCUGGAGGACCAGAGGAAACGGUGACAGUGCCCGGAAAUACAAUCUAUUCAGUUCUUAGGAAUCUUCAGUCUGAUACAUCAUAUACAGUAACUGUUGUUCCUGUCUAUUCUGAAGGAGAAGGAGGUCGUAUGUCAGAAACAGGAAAGACUUUGGUGCGGGGAACAGUUCGAAAUAUUCAAGUAUACAACCCCACAACAAACACUUUGAAUGUUCGCUGGGAGCCUGCGCCUGGACAGGUCCAGCAAUAUAAAGUCAACUAUGCUCCACUUCUUGGAACAAGGCCUACUGAGUCUGUUGUAGUUCCUGGCAAUACUCACAACGCGCUGCUGGAGCAACUUAUUCCUGACACACAGUACUCUGUAAAUGUUGUGGCUCUUUAUGCAGAUGGUGAGGGGGAUCCUAGCCCUGGUGAAGGAAAAACAUUACCUCGCAGUGGGCCAAAAAAUAUUAGAGUUUUUGGAGAGACCACUAACAGUCUCUCUGUGAACUGGGAUCAUGCUGAUGGACCAGUCCAACAAUACAGAAUCAUCUAUUCACCAACUGUUGGAGACCCCAUUGAUGAAUAUACAACAGUGCCUGGUAGGAGAAAUAAUGUGGUACUGCAGCCCCUUUUGUCUGACACGCCAUAUAAAAUUACUGUGGUGGCAGUUUAUGCUGAUGGUGAUGGAGGACAACUGACAGGAAAAGGAAGGACAGUGGGUUUGAUUGCACCACGGAACCUUCAAGUGUCUGAUGAAUGGUACACAAGAUUUAGGGUUUCCUGGGAUAGAAUACCAUCUCCUGUUCUUGGAUACAAGCUGGUUUAUCAGCCACGUGAUUCAGAUGAAUCAAUGGAAGUAUUUGUCGGGGAUGUGAGCUCCUACACUUUGCAGAACCUGUCUCCUGGCACCACAUAUGAUGUGAAAGUUUACGCUCAGUAUGAUACAGGAUUAAGUGGGCCCCUAUCAGGACCUGGGACAACUUUAUACUUAAAUGUAACCGAUUUGACAAGCUAUCAGGUUUCAUGGGACUCGUUCUGUAUAAGAUGGACUCCUCACCGAUCAGCCACUUCCUACAGACUGAAACUGAAUCCAGUUGAUGGAUCUCGAGGUCAAGAAAUAACAGUAACAGGAUCAGAAUCAUCACACUGUUUUAAUGGACUGAACCAAGAUACACAGUACACAGCUACUGUUUUUGUGCAAACACCUAACCUUGAAGGACGAGGAGUUUCAAUAGAUGAGCGUACAUUGAUCAAGCCUACAGAAUCACCAACGACACCACCUGCUCCUCCUCCACCCCCUACAAUUCCACCUGCUCGGGAGGUGUGCAAAGGGGCCAAAGCAGACAUAGUAUUCCUCAUUGACAGUUCGUGGAGUAUUGGUGAUGAUAACUACAAUAAAGUCCGUCAGUUUAUCUUCAAUACUAUUGGAGCAUUCGAUGUAAUCAACCCUUCUGGAAUCCAGGUCUCUUUUGUGCAGUUCAGCGAUGAUGCCCAGACGGAGUUCAAGUUGAACACUUAUGCCGACAAAUCACAGGCUCUAGGAGCACUUGCCAAUAUCAGAUACAAAGGAGGAAACACAAAAACAGGAAAGGCUCUUAAAUUUGUCCACGAGAAAGUGAUGACAGUUGAGAAUGGAAUGAGAAGAUCUGUUCCUAGGGUUCUGGUAGUGGUGACUGAUGGCAGAUCUCAGGAUGAUGUUAAGAAAUCAGCCUUGGACAUUCAGCAAUCUGGUUUUAGUGUCUUUGUCAUUGGUGUGGCUGAUGUGGAUUAUAAUGAGCUAAGAAACAUUGGCAGUAAACCAAGCGAGCGCCAUGUUUUUAUAGUCGAUGACUUUGAUGCUUUUGAGAAGAUUGAAGAUAACCUGAUCAACUUUGUAUGUGAGACUGCAACAUCCACUUGCCCACUUAUUUACCUGGAAGGAUACACUUCACCAGGUUUCAGAAUGCUGGAAGCAUAUAACCUGACAGAGAAAACUUUUGCCUCAGUACAAGGUGUCUCAAUGCAACCAGGAUCUUUCAACAGUUUCCCUGCAUACAACCUACAUAAAGAUGCCUUCAUUUCCCUGCCUACCUCAGAAUUGCACCCAGAAGGAUUACCACCUUCAUAUACGAUUAUAUUGCUAUUCCGUCUGCUGCCAGAAACUCCCAAUGAGCCAUUUUCUCUAUGGCAAAUAACAGAUAAAGGUUACAAGCCACAAGUAGGAGUAAAUCUUGAUCCAUCUAAGAAAACACUGUCGUUCUUUAAUAAGGGAGCUGCUGGGGAUACUCAGACAGUAACAUUUGAUGGGAAUGAAGUGAAGAAACUCUUUUAUGGAAGCUUCCACAAGGUUCUCAUUGUGGUUUCUCCAUCAUACGUCAGAAUUUAUAUUGAUUGUAGUGAAGUUGCUGAAAAAGAAAUCAAAGAAGCUGGCAAUAUUACAGCAGAAGGAUAUGAAGUACUUGGGAAGACAUUAAAGGGUGAUAAAAAAUCUGCACCCUUCCUGCUCCAGAUGUUUGACAUUGUGUGUACUGUGACCUGGACAAGUCGAGAUAGAUGCUGUGAUAUUCCUGCUACAAGGGAUGAAGCCAAAUGUCCAGCUCUGCCCCAUUCCUGUACUUGCGCACAAGACAGCGUUGGAGCACCAGGACCCCCAGGCCCAUCCGGUAUUCCCGGUAGUAAAGGACCACGGGGUGACCGAGGUUUGGAUGGACCAGUUGGCCCACCAGGUCAGCGAGGAGAACAAGGUUUGCCUGGUCCACAAGGACCACCUGGACCUCAAGGACCACCUGGACUUUCCAUUCCUGGAGAACCUGGUCGUCAAGGAAUAAAAGGAGAUGCCGGUGACCCAGGAUUGCCAGGAAGAAUGGGUUCCCCAGGGGUGACAGGACCACCAGGGCCUAUGGGUCCACCAGGCACAAGGGGUUUCACAGGAAAGGAUGGUGCAGUAGGACCCAGAGGACCACCAGGACCAAUGGGAGCACCUGGACCUCAGGGAGUGCCAGGUCCAAGUGGGAAACCAGGAAAGCAAGGAGAUAAUGGAUUGCCAGGUCCUCUUGGACAGAAAGGAGACAAGGGUGAGAGGGGAGACAUGGCAUCUCAGAAUAUGAUGAGAUCAGUAGCAAGACAAGUCUGUGAACAGAUGAUAAAUAGUCAAAUGAGCAGAUUUAAUCAGAUGUUGAACCAAAUUCCAAAUGAUUACUAUUCCAAUCGCAAUCAGCCUGGUCCUCCAGGUCCUCCCGGUCCUCCAGGCAACGCUGGCAUGAGAGGAGAACCUGGAGCUGCUGGCAGAUCUGGAUUCCCAGGAACACCUGGUCCUCAAGGACCACCUGGAGAAAGAGGAAUACCAGGAGAGAAAGGGGAGAGAGGGAACCCAGGAAUUGGAUCCCAAGGACCCAGGGGACUUCCAGGACCUCCAGGACCUCCAGGCGAAUCCAGAACAGGACCUCCAGGAUCCUCAGGCUCCACAGGACCUCCAGGACCUUCAGGUCGCCCCGGUAACCAAGGAAUUAGAGGGCCUCCUGGUCCAGCUGGAUACUGUGAUGCUUCAAUGUGUGCAAGCAUUCCUUACAAUGGGCAAGGAUACCCAGGUUCCGGCUAACACAUUUUCUAAGUCUCCAGUGCUGCUUACAGUUUGAACUCAUGAAAAUCCUGUUUCUGAGAUGUUUGCGCACGUGCUUACCUUGAAAUGAUUCUUUUGGGAAAUUUCACCAUGGAUAUAACUAAUGACCCAUGUUGGCAUCAGUAAAAAGGGGACAUUCUUUAUACUAACAACACUCGAAUGGGAACAAGGACUGCGGUGUCAACUUACAAAGCCUGUUGCAUUUCUGUAUUAAGAGAGUCAUGUCAAAUACAAGAAACCUAUAGGGCCUAAUCUAUAUAGGAGGUCAAUAUAACUACUAACUACUGUACCUGAGGUAACCCAUGUAAAAGAGAGAUUUAACCAAAGAAAAUAGAACCAACAUAUGUAAAUAAUAAACUAAUUGUGGCUUGUAAAUGAUGUGUAUGAGACCAUAUCCACUAAAAUCAGUUAACAUUUUUACAAUAGGCUUUUGCAUUCAAGCCUGCUGCUUGCUGUUUGCUGAAAUAACCAUCAUUGACACUCUAUACAAUCUAUGGUGCUACUGCUUGUUAAAAAAAAAUGUUCAGAUAAUCAGACUUUUAAGAAAUGUAUCUGCAAUUAUUAACUGGGUAUAACUAUUUUCUAUUCACCCUGUUUCCGCUAUACUUUUCUAUUUAUUUUGUUCUGCGAAGAAGUAGAGCCAUACCACAGUCAGUUUGCUAUACUAACAUCAGUGUUGUUCAUCUGAAUCUUACCCAAAUUAAAAUGCGUUCAUUAUUUAUCUGUUGCCCUCAAUCAACCAUUUUAAACAGCUAAUAUUUGCAAGGAUUAUGAUUAUCAGCACUAAGGGCAUUAAAUUACAAGAACUAAUUGCUAAAUUAUUUUUAGACAUUUUUACAAGUGAACGUCAUUUCAUAAUAACAACAAAUAAUAUCUUAAACUGUAUGUGUUUCAAAAUAAUGCUCCAUAUGUUCAUGGAUUCAUGUCAUAAGAUAACUAUCUUGUUCAAUCGGGGAACUAUUUUCAACCAGAACCUUAUCAGCCUGAAAGUGGACCGCAGGAGCCAGAGAAUCAGCCUUACGUAGUACCUAUGCAGCAAGAGAGUCCAGAUGAGGAUUUUGAGGACUAUGGACAUGAAUAUGCAGAACAUAUGCGAUGGAGGAGAUCCUUACCAAAGAAAUUUUAAGAUAUUUGUGCAAUUUCCUUGGCUAUAUUUGAAUAUGCAGAUAUACACAGAUUAGCUGGAUAGCACAUUUUGCCAUUCCAUUCCAGGAUACUGCAGCUACAUAAUGAUGGAAAUAAUUUUAACUAACAGAACAAAAAAAAUGAAGCUUUGUUUGAUGUCCCCCUAUAAGCUUGUAAAAUAGUUUUGGCUUAAUUUGAAAUCUGUGAAUAGAGGCAAUACCAUGUAGCAAUGUUAAAUAGCUCUAAUGCAGAUGCAAUUUAAGGCUUUCCAUUGGCUGGUAACCUAAGCAGAGGUUUAGCCCAUUGCAUGCUAGAUGGAAAUGCAGCACAUUACAAAGAAAUGAAUUGCACUUUCAUCUUGCGCUUUUCUUAUCUUUUAAUUGUCAGCUGACUGUAAUAAUUUAGAGUCUGUCAGUCCUUCUGCGCUAUCAUUUUCCAGUCCUUCUGUACUUUCACGUACUACUCAGGCUUCAGUUAUGCUUCAUAAAAGUUAUGCUGCUUUUUUUAUACUAUACUUUCUUUUUAACAUUCAGAAACUUCUCAACAUAGCAAAACCCCUUCACAGAGCUAAGUAUGCUGUGUCAUUUUGAUGCAGGCUUAUAUUGUAGACACAAUAACAGUUACAUGUAUGCCAAGUUUCAGUCAGUCCUACAGAAAAGGAGUUUGCAUGUUUGUGCUGUAUAUUUAGUAUGAACAUUUUUUCAGAAUAUAGUGUUUCUUAGUUCUCAAAGCAGUUUGAAUUUGUCUGCAAGGCUAUGAAAAUAGAAUUGCUGUUUGAAGAUUUUUAACUGCAAAUUGUGAAUUUCACUGCCUUAUAUUUUUAUUUAUUUCUGAAACAAAAGAGGCGUUUUUCAAUAAAACUACUGAAAAUA